AGGCAGGCACAGGCAGCAAGACUGCAUGACGUAGGAAAGAAAAUGAGUACUAGAUUGACAUAGCCCCACUUCAACUACAAAGGUUCCACACUGAAAAGACUUAUGGAACAUGCUUCUUCUGGAUUACAUGCCACUGCCAGGCCCAGGGCCAGCACCUCUCCAAAGCCCACAGCUCCGGAGCCGGAAGCAGAGCCUGUUGGUACACUACGCGAAGAUCAUGAACAUUCAGGACCCGCUUCCGGCCUCACGCCCGUCCGCCGCAGUCUUACGCCCGUCAGAGCGGCAUGCGAUGAGGAUGCCAUCGUACCCUACGACGGCCCCAGCGAGAGUGCUGCCUCGAGCUGCGCCAAGAGCCAGCAGGAGGAAGUUCAUCACAGGCGGCCGCGCAGGAAGAAGCCGCUGGACCAGGAAUCUUGGUGGGAGCAAAUGUCGGGCGCCAUGGCGGAAAUCUUCGGCAGGAAACGGCCGAAGCCGCCCUGCGACGCGUUUGUCGCGGAAAUCCACGAUUUCGACGCGAAGUUGCGAAACGGAGACAGCGACACCGAGCCGGGAGAUGACGACCCGCUCCCGGAUGCUGAGCAGGCGUGGGAACGCCGACGGGCCAGUGCCAGUUCGCGAUCCAGUUUGUCCGCGCAGGUGGAGGACCACCGCAUUUUGCAGGCAGUGAACGCAACCAAUCAGCAGUCUCCAUUGCCACUAGCGAAUGGCCCCGCGGCCGACGAGAACAUUGAAGAUUUCUUGAGUGCGCGCAGCGAGGCCUCCCGGAGGUCAGUCUUUUCGCCCGAGGAGGUUCGGAACAACAACAGCAAUCAAGGGCCGCCGCGUAGAACAAGUCUACUCAACAGAGACGAGAACUCCACCGGUCGUGAAGGCAGCUCGGCGCUAGUUGCGGUGAGCGCGGAAAGUAGAGAACCACGAAAAAGCACGAACCGCUUGAAGACACCGGUGAAAGAUCUCCGUGUAGAGCAGUCGGCGAUCGUGUUGUUUGACGAUUUUGAGGGCCAGCAGCAACAGCACGCGGUAGUCAGUGCGGCAGAUCAAGAUCCGAGCGAAGUAGUAUUAAGCAUGGGCGGUUAUAAUAAUGGCGACCAGGCGAAAGAACGUCGCUGGCUGCGGUUGCUGGCAACAGAGGACCUCGCGAUGCAGAACUGCAAGACGACGCUACCGUACGACCCGGAAAGCGAAUCCUACGCGCCGUUCGAGGUUUUGUUUCACCACCCCGAGAUUCUCGAGCCGCAGAAGCAAGUGAUGACUGCGAUCCUGGAAGCGUGCCUGCAAGGCAAAUCGUGCGUCCUGGAGUCCCCCACGGGCACCGGAAAGACGGCGGCGUUGCUCUGCGCGGCCCUGGAGGCGCAGCGGCAGAUUGCGCGCAACAACAAGAGCCGCCGGGCGCCCCAGAUCAUCUACUGCACGCGGACGCUCGGGCAGGUGAACCAGAUUCCGCGGGAGCUGGCGAAGAGCUGCUACCGACCCACGCAAGUGUGCCUUGGCCGACGCGAUUUCAGUUGUGUCAACCAGCAGGUCCUCGACGCAAAGGGCCAAGGUAACCUGCAGACGAAAUGCGUGGUCGCGCGACGAAAUGCGCGAAAGGAAAAGGAUCCCGCACUCAACAGAGAUGAACGGCUAAACGACGACCAAGGGGCGUCGCAGGUCGCUGCGGUACCGACGUCGACUCCGACGGCGACGCAGCAGACCGAGCGCGACGCCAGCAAGAAGCUGAUCUGCCACUGCGAAGAGCGGGUGAACAGUGCGAGGUUUUGGAAGGAACACUACAAAGACGUGCGGCCGCCGCCAGGCGACACGUCGGACUUCUACAUCAGGGACAUCGAGGACGGCAAAAAGUUGGCUCUCGCGAAUUAUUCGCGCGCGUCUCCGACGAGUAGGAGCAAACCGGUGGCACCGUCGUUCACCCCGAACGAAAGCCCCGAUUUGGACCUAGAGGAGGACGCGGAGGAGGAGGAAGAUAAAAAUGUUGGUCACCGCAGUAGUCGCUUCGCCACUGGUUCUCGUGGAAAAAAUGGUAACCAAGCGAUUGUAGCUGCUGGUCCUGCAGCAUCAACGAGUCAAUUUCAAUUUAAUCCCGGCAUUCUCGCUCAACAGCGCCAAGUUUUUGACCGGCGGAACCACCCAUUUGGUUUUUUCCCCGCACGACCAGAAGUUGGCCCGCGCCCACCAGCCCCAGAAGACUACGCGGUCUGCAGCUACUACCUGAACAGGUAUUUGCAAGGCACCGCGCAGAUUGUCAUCUGCCCGUACCAGUACCUGACGGACCCAAACGUGCGAGCGCCGACAAAGCUGGUUCUGAAAGAUUCGAUCAUCGUCGUCGAUGAGGCGCACAACAUCGAGGGAACGUGCAGAGACGCGGGAAGCGUGAACUUUUCAGAGCAGUGGCUCGACUUCCGCAACGACGAAGUGGCCACGCGCAGCCCCCUUUUCACCCUGCACUACCACAUGCUGGAAUUCCGCUGGUUUUCGCGGGAAAAACCAAAACCGAAGGAGCGACAAGACCACGGCCCAGCGAAUAAUAAUCGUGGUGCCGCACAAGUGCAGCAGCCCAACGAGCAGCAGGAGCCCACGUCAGAUGAUAGCAGCGACGGCGCGCCGAGUGAGGGCGAAGACGGGGAGGAGGAAGAUUUGCUACAAGUUGAUAACAGUGGGCGAGAUAAUUUUUUGGUAUGCAAUGACGACACGGAAGCGCAGCGUCAACAAAGACUCGCGAAUUUGAAGUGGUAUCAGUGUCCCGUGACGGGAAAGCGGCGUGUGCAAGCGAUUCCGAAGUGCAGGCACAUGAGCCGGUACCCCAACGUUUGCCUGUGCAACUUGACGGUGGAAGAAGUCGAAAAAGAAGAGAAGUUCCGCGACUACCUGGCCUACGUCCUGAAGUUUUUCGACCACGUGCAUACCAAGCUCAUGAAGUGGAAGGCCGAAAGCAGGGGGGAAUUGCUGCAGCACGAAAACGCGUCCAACGUUUCUACGGACCACAUCGGGGAUACUAAGUCGCUGGGGGACUACAUGACGCCCCAGGAUCCGAUCUCUUUCAUCCGAAAGCUGGGUUUGAAGGACAUCUUGCCGACGCCACGUCCUGAGACGACGUUUGGAGGUGCAUUUGGAACUACGUCACGGAGGGAGAACCUCUUGGGCAAUCCUCACUCGAUGUUCCACGACCCUUUUGCUGCGCAGCGCGAUUCUGGUGACCAACAAAGAAUUCCAAUGCAAACACAGGUGGGUGCGGGUGCUGUUCCGAUCAUGGGUACUGCUGCGGAAACCAAUGUGUCUUUCAAUUCAAGUGUUUCCUCGACACCGGCGUCGAGCUUUGCUGGGUCAUUUGCCUAUGGGUUCGGGAACAAAAUGACUGACCGCUUUGGCAAAGCAAGCGAUCGUCCGCCCCAUGGUGUUGGUGCGUCUCAGUUCGAGCCGGUUUCGCAGUUCCAUUUUCAAGGCAGACCUUCGUCUGCUGCGGCCACGGCGAGGACGCCCGCGUCUCAGUUUGGUACAUCAGCGGCCUCGCAGGUAAGCUUCCCCGGCGGUGCAGCGUCACAGCGGUUUGUACCCACAACCUCGCAGGUUAAUGUCCAAACGUCACAGUUUUAUCGACCUCCGCCUUCGCACUCAGUUCCUGGUCCAGCUGGUCCUGGACAAGGACUGCUGCCUUGUCAACCACCGCCACCCAGCGCAGCUGCAGGCCCGUCAGUUCCGCAACAGCAUGCAGUGUUCAACACAGAAGGUGCUGCUGCAUCGCAGAUGAAGAGUGCAAGAACAGCUGGCAUUCUCGACUUUCUUCGCGAAAAAUCAAGCGCGAUGAAAAAGGGACAAAGACAACUCGCAGGAGCAAGGAAGCCGACCGAUUCAUCUUCUUACCAAGACAACUACCUGGAGCACGACAGCAUCCACGACUCCUCGUCGGACGAUGACGAUGAUAGGAGUUGCGCUGCGCCCGAUGCGAAGAAAUUGAAGGUGGAUUAUAACACCAAGAACCCACAUCACCAGAAGAAGAAGAAGAUCCUCGUCGACUCUGCGGAGGCGGAGCUGCAGGCGGAGCUUGCGGAGCAUCUGUUCCCGGUCUUGAAGUUGCGGCAGUACCUGGAGUGGAUCAAUAUCGAGAUGCUGCAGUCUGAGUUCAACUACUACGGCAUGAAGAACAUCAUCGGGUACCGUAACAACCAGGAAUUCCAGUGCGACGUCGACAAGAAGUGGUACCAGUUGAAGUUCGACCCGGACCUCGACCGCCGGAAGAAACUGCUGUGGCCGGACUUUUACCCGGUUUUCGAGACGUUUCGGGACCUGAGCCAGCGCGCGGAGCAGCUGGAGCGGUUUCUGACCUGGCGCGGCCACUACGCCGUCGAGUUCUGCGCGACGCGCAAGGGCGGUUUUUUUCCGGAUACCGCCAAGCAGCACGUGACGGAGCGGUACGCGGGUGUACUGAAAAUUCAUCUGCUGCACGCGGAGGCGGUGUUUGACGAGAUCGCGACCCAAGCGCACUCCAUCAUCCUCGCGUCGGGCACCAUGACGCCGUUGGAGGGCGUGACGAGCGAGCUAGGCAAGGCGUUCUGCGACCGGCAGCUGCGGUCCAAUUACAACCGCGGCCUCUACAAUCCCCUGGCCGCGAACCACGUGGUGACGCACGAACAGCUGCUCGUGCAGAAGUUGUCCAAGAUGGUGCUCACGGGCCGGCCCUACAACGGCACGCGGAAGAUUCUUUACAAGCCGAACAAGAGAGACCCCCGAGAAGACCACCUGCUGGAAUUGGGGUGGAGCCUGGUCGUGCUGCUGCUGCAGCUUCCCGCGGGCGUGUUGGUCUUCUUCUCCACGUACUCGCUGUGCAAAGCCUGUUUCGACCUGUGGAGCGAUGCGAGGCGGAGCUCACUGCGUGCAACGGUGGAGAGAAUCUUGCAAGAAAACUACAGAACCCAGCCGGAAAAAGAGCGGGCAAGGAUAGCAAUGCAGCAGCAGUUCCGCAAUGCAAUCGGGCCGGAGAACAUGAACCGCUUUGACACGUACGGGGGGAAAUCGCUUCUGUCCGUACUGGAAGACAUCAAGAAGCACGUUUCGUUCGAGACGAAAGAAUCCAACGCCAAGACGCUGACGCAGGAGUACCAACGCGCGAUCCAGGAAAGGGGGGCGGCGCUGCUGUUUGGCGUGAUGCGGGCCAAGUGCUCCGAGGGAAUCAGCUUCAACGACGACAACGCGCGGGCGGUGAUUCUGAUCGGCUUGCCCUACCCGAGUAAAGAGGCUUCGGAGGUAAAAUACAAACAGAGAUACAACGACCAGAAAUCGACGAGACCAACAAGGCCCGUGACGGUGGCGAAAAAUCUUAAACCUGCUCCUGUCGCAUCCUCGUCGUCGUCAAAGAAUCCACCUGGGAGGAAGAACACUGGUAGAAAAAGAACGCUAGUAGUGCACCCCUCUGCAGCUGUAAUAGUUGCUGAUGAAGGAGCUCCUGCUGCAGCUGAAGAAAACAAUACUGAGUCCGAGGAUCAUCUCCCGCCGUUGAUGAUUUCGGGCAACCAGUGGUACGAGCAAGAGUGCUUUCGCGCGGUCAACCAGGCCUUGGGGCGGUGUAUCCGGCACAAAAACGACUACGGCUCCUUGAUCCUCUUCGACACCCGCUGGGACGAGAAAAAAAGAUCCCUAGCGCCUUGGCUGAAGACCAUUGGCAUCCGAGACGAAACCGAAUCCUACGCCCAAUUCCGAAUGAAGUUGAAACUGUUCUACGAAGCAUUGCGAAAAAAGUAAACGAUGAAGGUUUUAUUGUUGUGUCGCUCGACCACCUUGAAAAUGGCUUUUUUACGUAAAUUUGAGAAGUCAGAAAAAGAAAAAGCAGUAAACGAAGAUACAGAUCCAGCCGAGGAAAAGACAGAGAACUUCUACGCCAUUAACAUC